UCGCGUGUGUGUAUAUACGUACACAUACAAUCUGCAGCACAGUGGUGACUUCUCUGUCGGUGGUGUAAGGCAGAAUUGCUCAAUGCCAGCACCUCUCCUGCCUUUGGUGUGGAAAGAUUUUCUGGGGUGGAGUGAUUGCAUCUCCUGGUGUGGGCUUUUUGCCGCUCUGGGGAAUUCCCAGGUUUUGUGCAAGACUUUCCUUUUUUAAACCCUUUGCUUGCCCUCAGUCUCCUCUUGGGCACCUUCCAGGCUCCAGACAUGGGCCUUCCUAAAGCUCAUACCUCUGUCUUGCUUCUGGUUCUGGUGGCCUGUGCCCUGGGCAGCUACAUUGCAGCCGUCUAUGAGCACAGCGUGGUCUUGUCGGAGGACACUGAAGUGCCGGUUUCUCCUGAGAAAGCCUUGCUGCUGGUGGACAAAAACAUGGCAAUUUUUGAAGUGGCCAUCAAAGAAGCAGCCAGACAGGGUGCCCAUAUCAUUGUGACUCCUGAAGAUGGCAUUUACGGCUGGGUCUCCACAAGGGAAACAAUAUACCCUUACCUUGAGGACAUCCCAGACCCGCAGGUAGGCUGGAUUCCAUGUGCUGAUCCUGGAAGGUUUGCUCCCUCACAUGUGCUGGAAAGACUGAGCUGUCUGUCAAGGAAUAACUCCAUCUAUGUAGUUGCAAAUAUGGGAGACAAGAAGCCAUGUAACUCCAGUGAUCCAAGGUGCCCAAGUGAUGGUCACUAUCAGUACAAUACCAAUGUUGUCUUUGACCCAGAGGGGAAACUGGUGGCUCGUUAUCACAAGUACAACCUUUUUGUGACAGAGGAUCCAGAAUUUGUGACUUUCAAUACAUCCUUUGGCUACUUUGGCAUUUUCACUUGUGCAGACAUACUCUACCAUGACCCAGCUGUGGUCUUGGCAAGCAGAUUUCAGGUUGGCACCAUUCUAUGCCCAGCCUCUUGGAUUAACACUCUUCCACUGUUGUCAUCAGUCCAAUUUCACUCAGCAUGGGCCAUGGGAAUGGGCGUCAACUUUCUUUCAGCAAAUACACGCAACUCCAAUUUAGAUAUGACAGGGAGUGGCAUUUAUGCCCCUGAUGGUCCAAGAGCAUAUUAUUACAAUACAAAAAUGGAAAAUGGUCACCUUUUGGUGACAGAACUGAGUUCACACCCACGUCUCUCUCCUGACUAUCCUGCUGCUGUUAACUGGAAAUUGUAUGCCAGCAGGAUCAAACAGCGUCCAUCAAACAAUCACUAUUUCAAUGGGGUCGUUUACCAUGAUCUCUUCUCCUUCACGGAGCUCACUGAACCUGAGGGAAAUCGUGCCAUUUGCCAGCAGGACCUCUGUUGCCAUCUGAGUUACAAGAUGUCAGAGAAACAGGAAGGUGACAUAUAUGUUCUGGGUAUCUUUGAUGGGCUACAUGUCGUUGAAGGAGAGUAUUACUUGCAGGUAAAGCUUUUUUGUUCUUAUUUGGAGAGUGGGAAGAUAUGCACACUGCUCAAGUGCAAGAGCACAGACCUAGACACGUGUGGGCAGCCGGUGGAGAUGGCUCAGACCAAGUUUGAGGUGUUCUCCCUCAGCGGCACAUUUGGCACCAACUACGUCUUCCCAGAAGUCUUGUACAGCGGGGUGCAGCUGGCCCCGGGGGAGUUCCAGGUAUUAACUGAUGGACGUCUGAUAAAGUCGGACUAG